GCCAUCAGAAAACAUCAAAAAUUCCUGCGAAAUCGCAUUUUCCCGGCAAUUACUACACAGAAACAGUUAGAAAACCUGUGGAGUCACUUCUGGACAGUUUCUCAAGCUUGGCGACACUGAGAAUUUCUACAAUUUGAGAGAGUUUCCAGAGAAAGAGCGUGAAAAAUACCAGCUUGCAUCAUGCCUCUGCCUUCAGGCGUUUACCAGUCAUCUUCUGGCCCUUCCUGCUUCGACAAGAUGAAGACAGGCUUCGGGAUUGGCUUCUGCGUCGGCUUAGCCAGUGGAGCACUCUUCGGUGGCUUCUCCGCCCUCAGAUACGGCUUGCGCGGCAGAGAACUGAUAAACAACGUUGGGAAGGUGAUGCUGCAGGGCGGAGGCACAUUCGGCACCUUCAUGGCGAUAGGAACUGGCAUCCGGUGUUGAGAAGCACACUCGAAAGUCACUUAGUAUGUAAAUAACAACUCCCGGAUCGCUCAGAAUAAAGUCUGCCUUGGUCUUGAAGACUCUGGGUGAUUUAUGGGUACAAAAAUAAACCUACUUGCUCUAC